AGUAAUCAGGGUUAAAUAUUGAUCAAUAACUUAUUAAUACUGUAUUAAUUAUGCAUUCACUCAGAAGUUGUUUAAAUAUUACAAUCAAAUAAAGCGCGUGUCAAGUUGUAACAGCUGACUUGCUGAAUUAUUUUUUUGUUUAACCGGUAUUUCAUUACACUUUAUUCAUGUUUAUGGUUUUUGAUCUGAAAUUAUGAAGUUGAAAUCCUUUUUCAAAUGGAGUUGCUCUCAGAAACGAUUUUUACAUUUGCCUACAGCAUUAACUUCGUCGGAACCACAUCGGAUGACCCGAGUUUUGUUAUUAACCGAGAAACCUCAUGAUGCUACUGCUUCUAAAAGUUUAACGUUGAUGAUUAAUAAUAGUUUAAUUAGUACUAUUACCUCUGGUCUUCAUUAUGUAUUGCCAUUAGCAACUCGAUCUCUCGCCAAACUAACAGCUAUCAUUGACCAAGAAAUGGAAACUAUUGGUUGCCAGAAGGUAAUUCUUCCAACUUUAGGUCAUCUUGAUUUAUUGCAAGUUUCGGGUAAAUGGUCGGAACACAAGGAAGAUAUCUUUACUUUGAAUGACCGUCAUAAGCAAGCUUUAUUCAUGGCCCCUACUCACGAAGAAAUGUUUUGUAGUUGGCUUUCUAGAGAAAAGCUGGUUGAAAAGCAACUUCCACUUUACUUGUAUCAAGUCACAUCAAAAUUCAGAGACGAAGCUCGACCUCGCGGUGGACUUCUUAGAGGUCGCGAAUUUGUCAUGAAAGAUCUUUACAGUUUUGAUGCUACAGAGUCUGACGCUCAUAAAUCUUACGAUCUUGUUUGCCAAAGCUAUCAAAAUAUCUUCGAUCGACUUAAAUUAAAUGUAAUUAAAACGAAAGCUGAUCCAGGUACAAUUGGAGGGAAACACUCCCAUGAAUACCAUUUAAUAUCAGAUGCCGGUGAAGAUACAAUUUACAUUUGCUCACAAUGUAACCAUAGUUUUAGUGAAGAGUACAUGGAAAAAAAUGCUGCUCGAAGUAACCAUUGUGCUAAUUGUAAAUGUGAUUUACAAGCUAAACAAUCACUGGAAGUAGGUCAUGCAUUUUAUUUAUCAACAAGAUACACUGAGCCAUUCAAAUGUUUUUAUCGGUCAAGACUGAAUACUUAUUGUUUAUUGGAAAUGGGAAGUUAUGGAUUAGGAGUUACUCGUAUCCUUGCUUCUUGUGUAGAAAUUUUAUCGACCAAUCGCGUAAUAGGCUGGCCUGCUCUAAUUGCUCCUUAUCAAAUUUGUAUUAUUCCACCAAAGACUGGAAGUAAGGAGGAUAAUCUUGGUGUUACUCAUUUAGCUGAGGAUUUAGCACGCCAUUUAAAUAAAUAUACCAAAGCUGAUGUCGUUAUUGAUGAUAGAACCGAAUUAACCAUUGGUCAUCGUGUGGUAGAUGCAAAGUGUUUAGGUAUUCCAAUCAUCAUUAUUGCUGGAAGAAAAUGUCUGGAAAGUAUCCCAUUGUUUGAAUUCAGUUAUCUAAAUGGCUCUGAAAGAAAUAUGAAGGAUUUGAGCUUUUUAGAUAUAAUGAAAGAGGUAGAGUCGUUUGUUACUAAUUGCUAAGAUUUCUAUAGAUUCUGUAUUUGUAUAUUUUGUAAUUUAUGAAAUGCACAGACUUUAAAUUAAAAUCGAUUCGUACAACUCGUUUA